CGCCGUGAGAGCGCGCUACAGAGGCUUAAUAGUCUUUUUUAUUAUUCACAUCUCGGUUUCCUCUUUAAAUAAUUUUGUUCCGAGACCCCAUUCUAUUCUUAACACUUUGACAGAAAUGGCUGACACAAAAGUCGAUACCAGCUCGGAAGUCUCCGCCAAGGACCUUAAAGAAAAGAAACAGGUUGAGGAGACAGAAAAUGGAAAAGAUGCCCCAGCUAAUGGAAAAACGGAAAAUGAGGAAAAUGGUGAUCAAGAAAAUGAAGUAGAUGAGGAAGAAGAGGACGUGGGUGAGGAAGAUGACGAGGAAGAUGAUGUAGAAGGUGAUGAUGACGACGAUGAAGAUGAUGAGGCUGAAGGAGGUACAGGCAAAAGAGCAGCUGAGGAUGAUGAUGAUGAUGAGGAUGAUGUUGAAACUAAGAAGCAGAAAACCGAUGUGUAAGAAGCUACUCUGCUGGAAAUCUUCUCAUCCCUCCUUUCCUUAACUUGUCCACUGGGGGAGGAAAAACGUGGUCAUUAUCAAGUAGAGUCCAGCAUCCGUGUACACACACCUAACUUCAGAUUUUGUAGAAACAACCAAGACUUCAAAGCUCUACCUUCUUACAAAAUACUUUGAAAGGAAAAAUUUGUUUGUAUUUUUAUUUACAUUUUAUAUUUUUGUACAUAUUGUUAGGAGGUCAGCCAUUUUUGACCGUGAUCUCUGGUUAACAAACGGUGCUUUGAAGUUGAUGCUUCUCUAUGAAAUAGAUUUUACUUGUGGUUUGACCAUGUAUGUCAUGUAAUCUCAAAAGAAACUUGUCGAAGAAAAAAAAAAAGAAAAAUUACGGAAAACCAUACAAAAAAACUUUAAUUCAAAGCAUUCCAGUAACUUUGUGUAUGUACAUCAGUUGUAUCAUACGUAGUUGGAUUGUAUGAGAGGGCAAGGCCAAAAGAAAAUAAUUUUCUUUCUUGUCUAUUAAAUUGCUAUCUAUUUGUGGCC